AUGCCAGCUCCAUACAAACCAGGUUCCACCAAGAAGGGUGCUACUCUUUUCAAGACCAGAUGUCUGCAAUGCCACACCACCGAAGAAGGUGGUCCAAACAAGGUGGGCCCAAAUUUGCACGGUGUUUUCGGACGUCACUCCGGCCAAGCACCGGGUUUCUCAUACACGGACGCUAAUAUCAAGAAGAACGUGUUGUGGGACGAACAGAAGAUGUCAGACUACUUGGAAAACCCAAAGAAGUACAUCCCGGGCACCAAGAUGGCCUUCGGGGGUUUGAAGAAAGAGAAGGACAGAAACGAUCUUGUUGCGUACUUGGCCAAGGCUUGUAAAUAG